GUAUUCCUUACCCUACUUCCAACGGCAUUCCAACCAUUGAUCGAUUCCGUUAUUGUUGCGCUUUAUAAGGAACAUUAAUCGGGUCUUGGAGAAGUCUUCCCCCAUGUCAAAAUCAACGGACUCUCCAGGCUCAAUUUUAUCGACCUCAACAACUGGAUUAGCUGUCGAUCUCUGCGGUCUUGAACACUGCAAAACAUUAACUUGUGCGCUUCUUGGGCACUCAAUCUCAAGGAAGAGACUCGUUUCAUGAAAGUCGAAUGUUCGACUCAUGCCGUUCAAACAUGGCAUGCGGAAUUGAUCAGUCGUUUGUUCUUCCCGCGUGCCAUGCUUGGACGGCAUGUCAGAGGUUCGACUUUCAUGAUCUCCAAUGAUAUGUGCGGAAUGAUAAUUCUGCUCAUAAACGAGAUCCGUGGAUAGUCGAACCUGCGCCUGUCUCUGUCCAGGUGAGCUCGUUCUGAAGAGUUGUCAGUCUUUGAGGCGCUCCUCACGAAAAAUCAUGUGUGCUUUGUACAUACUCUUCUUCUCCCUGUUCAUCCUGGCACUGCGAGCAAUUCUCUUCCUUCGAGGAAGACAUCUGCGGUGCAAGGCUUGUUGAGUCCAACGGUAGUGACAGAGGCGAUCGUCCGAUCUCUUGUGAAGCUGUCGCGGGUGCGUUGUCUUGAGACCGCGGAACCUUCAAAGUAUCGUUCUUGCUUAUCUCGAUGUGCAACAAGGGAGGUACUGGCGAGGUGAUCGCCGCUGUAGACAGAUUUCUGCAUUCUCUUGGAGCCGGCAAAGUGGCGCCGAGGUUCCACGUUGGCUGCACAUCUAUGUCAGUUCCGGUGUUGCCGCGAGUCUGGGUAGUGCUGGCUACCACAACCGGUACACGAUCCAGCGUUGGACAUUGAGCUGGUUGCAUUGCUAAUCUAUCUCCCGCGAUGUUUGUCGAAGGAGGGGUUUCCAGAUUGUUCCGAUACCGUUCGCUGGAAUCAUGUCUUCUGCUCUGGUUUCUUGGCUGGGACAGCAGUCUAGAUUCAUUGAUAGCGGAAACCUCAGUUGUAGCUUUGGUGGUUGCUCCUCUUAAACUUGGCCACUGGAGGGAUAUACGAGAAAGAUUGGCUGUGGAUUCAUUAUUUGUCCUAUAUUUCCACUGUGACUUGGACGCCCUGCGAAUCGAAUCUACCUUGUUUUCGAGGAUAUGGGCCAGUUGUCUCAACGCACUGCUGAAUUCGCUUGCUCGUUCAUGCGUCGCAAAGUUAAUGGUGAGGGGCACUGUCCACAACGAGUACAGCCCCUGGUGGCAUCCUUUGACCUGAAAUUGUCCGUGGUUGGUGAUAAAGUUAUAACACAGGUAACAUGCCAGUUUAUUGCAACCGA